AUAUAAUAUCAUACAUGAAAGAAGUGAGUGAGAAAUCUUCAAUAGUUGAAGGUAAACGCAGACGUGUAAUGUCUACGAAUGGUGUGAUGUCAGUAGUAACAAAGGAACUAUUAAGAGAAUAGAGAGCUUAAGUUCCUUAAGUUUAAAAGACAAUGAUUAGGAAGCAAGAAAAAAAUAAAAAAGUUAUAGAAAGGUAAAAAUGUUAGAAUGAUACUGAUAAACGAGUAAGAAUAACAAAGGCAGCCUUAAAAGAAUUAAUACAAAGUCACUUCAUUGUAGUAGAUGAUAAUGAAGAUGCAAUGAUCCAGAGCAGCAAGUAUUAAAUUAUCCAUUUUUUCAUAGAUAAUUUAAGAACUCACUGGUUGGAAAUAAAAAAAUGACAAAUUCAUCAUCAGAUUCUCAAUCUGAUUCUUCAUCAUCAUCUAGGUACAUAUCAUUUUAAAUUAUCUCAAGUUUUUGA